AUGCAAGGCCAGGGAAACUUUCGAAAGGCCUGGAAAUGUUCGAAGUUGAGGGAAAGUUUCGAAAUGCCUAGGAUGAGAGGUGCAUUCGGCCAAAUUAUUCGCAACAUUAUAGGUGGUAAUAGAGGUGGUGAUGGUGCAGAGAGAAUUCCACCAACAGCAUCAAAUAGACGACGAAGCGAAGCAAAUCGUCAAAUUAGGCAUCGUCGUCGAAGACAAGACAUCCAUGAUGAUGUCCCUGAGCCUCAGAUGGAGGAGGAUGUCCCUAAGCCUCAGAUGAAACAUGCUGAUGAUGCUGGAUUCCCCGGAGGACCGAUGUUGAGACAUGUGUUGACACAGUAUGAACACCACGUGGCUCGGCGGCUAUGGGAAGGAGAGGAUCGUGGACCGUUAAAAGUCAUUACUCAUGGAUUGAAGUUGAAGAAGUUUUCCGAAGUUCCUGUGCCACAUCCUGUGGAGCAUUGGAUUCUGGAAUCUGGGCUGCUACCCCUGUCUUCGGCCUACCUCACUAUGGUUGAUGCUGGUCUCAUCUCCGCAUUUGUUGAAAGAUGGCACAGGGAGACCAGCUCAUUUCAUUUGCCAUUUGGAGAGAUAAAUUUGCUUCCAUCCCUGAUUGGCUAA